UACACACGACAAUCCAAACAUUCCCUGCUUUUAAUUUUCUUAUAUGUACAAAGCUUCAAUCUUCUUUAUCCUUCCACAAAGCAGUCCUCUAAUUAAUAUUCUUCCAGGAGAUUUUGGUUACCAUCGAUCUUGCAGUACUUACAGUAGACUCCAUUAGAACUGAAUCCCCUGCUCCCAUUUCUGUUACGAACAAUACCCUUCAAUCCCAACUCUUUCUUCUUCUGCUUCUGCGCUCGUGCUGCAGAGGCUGAAAACCACUACAUAGCUUCGAUUCGCUAUGGGAAUGGAGAGCAAGAUUUGCUUUUUCCUCUGCCUCAUAAUCUUCACAUUUCAUGGCCUCUGCAUUCAUGGCGGACGAGUAGUGACAACGGAGGAGAAGGAAGAGAGGGAAACGCCGUUAAAGACGCCGUCGCCGCCGGAGGGAAACACAACUUUCGUCGGCGGGACGACGUGGUGCGUGGCAUCGGCGAGCGUGCCGGCGGGGGAACUGGAGCGGGCUCUGAAUUGGGCCUGCGGGCCGGGCUCCACGGAUUGCUCCGCUCUGCAGCCCGGCGAGCCGUGCUUCGAGCCCAACAGCCUCGUUUCUCACGCCUCCUUCGCCUUCAACAGCUAUUACCAGCAGAAUGGCAACUCCGACAUAGCCUGUAACUUCGGCGGCGCCGCCGUCAUUACCAGAAAAAAUCCAAGUUAUGCUUCUUGUGUGUAUCUUGCUUCAGAGCCUGCUGCCCGCUCCGGCUCACUUACGAGACGAAUUAGUCGAAAUGUGGCAAUUUGGCUCUCCGGUUAUUUGCAAAUUGGUCUGCUGUUUAUGUAGUAAUGUUUAGCUAAAAUGGAAAUCUGCUUGUCUGGUUUGUUUGAUCUUUUAUUUUGAUAUUUGCAAUAAAAUUUUUAUACUAAGAUAUUUAACACUCAAAUAUUU